UCGAAGUAGUCGUCGUGUGCAUUUAUCGCGUCGCCGCGCCGCGUUAAGCGUCCCAUCCGCUUGCGUGUUUGUUCGUCUCCGUUCAAAUCCACCGCAAAAUAAUCGUAAACAAAAGCUCUUCUUCGGUUAGUAAUCAGACAGUGAAGUGACCGACCUACUUCUUCUUCUUUCUUUGUUUUUAAGAGGCUUUAAACUUUGCAGUUCAUUCGCCUCUAAACGACCUACUUCGAUCUGAACGCGGUUCAGUUCGUGUUGACCGCAAACAUCGGAUCGCGUGUGGCCAAAUCGUGCGCCGUGUUUUCUUCCCGCGUUCACGUGUGUGCAUUUUGAUUGAUUGCACUGCAACUCAGUGCUAAGUAGCAAGCACAUGUAUUAUGACGCUGAUUUCGCCACUUGCUACAAAUCACGUCUGAUCCAAUAUAAUGAUGAUGCUGCAGUUGCUGCCCUGUGGUUGCUAAAUAACCCAUAUGGUUGCUGAAGUUGCCGAAGAAAGUGUGACGCGGUGAAAAAUAGUGCGCCUCGUGAAACAGUUUUCGUUUUCCGUUUAGCGUUGGUAUCCAAUGCUGUUUUUUUUUCAUUGAUAUUGGCACGGAAAUCGCGCAGCAAUACUGGGGAGAAAAGGUUAUCUGAUCUGACCUGACGGCUCACAUUUGCAUGCGUUCACCUGUAAAACGAGACCGUGUUAGAUUGUAAGAGUCGCUGCUGCCGCCGCCGCCGGAUCUUGUAACGUUGGAGAUCCGCUACGAACGAGGAUGAAGGCGCGUUUGGAUAGGAGUCUAUCGAGUUAAAACCAACUCCACACCGGAGCUGCAGCGUGAGCCUAUUGAUUGAAUUACCCAACACACACAUACGAGUGGCGUCGUUCCGAGUGAUCGCGACCUUCGAGUACGGGACGUGAAGAAUCUGAACUUGCUAUGAAUAGUGAAUGAUAAAGUGCCGUGACCGACUAUCGGAAAGGUGGUGUCAAAAAGGGCAUGUCUGUGUGCUAAGGUGCGAUAUCGAUUUUUAUUCUAUUCUCGGCUUAGCUGAAGGAAGGGGAAAGGGAAGGAGCGGAAGUGAAGUGGGCACCCGGAGUCUCGGGGAAGGUCAGAAAGAUCGUCGUUGUGGUAGCGGCUGGUGGUAGCGUAAUGCGCGAUUGACGUAUGCUUCACGUUGAGAGUGAGUGGAAAAGCUUCGCAACGGGAAAUAGUUCAACGAAGAAUUGUAGAAAGUGUAUCGAGUGUGUUAAUUAUUCUUGUGUAAACAGGGUUUGCUUUUUGUUUGCCCGAUGCCGAUGUGAUGAUGUAAAUUGUGUAAUUUGAUGAUGCAGUGAAAAAGUAAUUUCUGUGUAGGGUAAAGUGUGCGUAAAUGCGUAAAAUUCGGUUCCAGUAAUCAUUCAGCGGAGAAGAUUUAAUCCGUGCUUGGUAAACAACUGAAUCGCUGGUCCCCCUGGAGUAGCAACGUGCGUGCUUUUGGGAACGCUGAGCCAGUCACAACCUUCGCGCGGAUUAUCCCGAUGGCACAGUUUUGGAUUUUGGCUCCGAACGUCGAACACUUAAUCCCAGCAAUGGCUUAGCGACCAGUUCGGGCUGGUUGGGCUAACGCAAAUAGAAUGACCGAUCCGUUGACAGGUGGGUCUCGCGCACGUAGCUGCACUUGUUCGGGGGUAACGGGAAUGGUGGCUCAGAUUGAGGCGCAGUCCACGACUGACGUCAAAACAAGUGCUGCUGCCGCUGCGAUUGUCGCGGCCAGUGUUUACUCGGGAGGAAGCGGAAGGAAGCCGGUGGCAAGCGGAGCCGGGAUUGUUGAAUCAAAAGACACUGCAAUCGGUGCUUGUUUGGCGAGAGAUAAGGAAGCAAGGGUGGAAAUGACCGGAUCGGCGUGUGGCAGUAGAUCGCGACAGCGAAAGACUGCUGUUUACAAGAGAUUUUGGCCCGACGGGGACGGAGGGGAACGGAACUCCGAGUGUGGAUCGGGGUCGUUCUCUUCCGGGGUUGAGAGCGACGAGGAAACGAUUCGAUUCCCAUGUGUCGAGCGGCUGAUUGAAAUGUACGCAAAUAUUAUCAAACAGAAGGAGGCGGACACGCAGAGAUUUAUGCAGAGUGUAGUUGCUGGUAGGGGUGGUGGGGUUGCAGGGGAUGAUAGUAAAAGGCGAUUAGAUAAGACGGCUGCCAGUCCUUGCGAUAAGACAGGUGCAAACGCUCUGGAUGAAAAACAGUCCAGCUCAGCGAGCAGUACGGUACUGAUAGAGCCAGCAGACGCUAGUGGUGUCUCGAGGAUCCAGCAAAAUAGAAGUCCCAUAUCGGAUGACGGUUGGAACACCACCCAGCAGAGUCCUUAUUGUUCCAGUGACGAGGAAAGUGCCGGAGGUCAAUCGAAAAUGAAAAACAGAGACAAAGUCACACGUUCGUCGAGCUCAGACUCCGCUCUCGGCUUGGAUGAAGAUAUUAGUCAGCAGGAACAGGAGAAGAUCAUCACUAAGGUGGGGAAGACAAGACGAUUGACACUAGGCGUCGCUGACAUCCCACUACGUUCGGCGCUGCUUCCGGUUCCAGAGCCGACACUCCUCCCAACCUCGGAUAGUACAACUAUCAACGCCGAUCAUUGCCCUACAUUAGUUCGCAGCACGAUGAUUCUCGAAGCGCAACUGAUCGAGCUCCCACUAGGUAGUAAUCCACCUCUCGCGGACUCCGGCUCAACGGAAGCUCUCGGAUGUCCCAGCACUUCGAUCUCACGGCGGGAAUCCGCCCAGAGCUACAUCAGUGAUUCUGGCGUCGAUGGAGUGCGCUAUGUGCGAACCCCUUCGGUCGUAGUGUCCGAUUACUCGGACGACACAAUGUGCGGUAUUACGUUGGAGGAGAUCGAAUACCUCCGCAGGCACCGGUUACGCCGGGUAUCCACCGACUACGAGUCCGAUUUAAGUGCUGCCUCAUCCUGCAGCAACUUGAACUACUGCGGAUCGUCGAUCAGUGCGCUCGAUGGUUGUGACUAUCAGUGUGGACUGCGAACGCCGGAACGAAAGGUUUCCGACUGUUCGACCUGUUCUACGCUUAGCUACGACGAGGAGGAUUCAGCGUUGAAGCAACAGCUGCAGGAUCUUGGCCUGAGGCCACCAAUCGGCGAGCUUUGCGAGAAGCCUUAUCCAGAGAUUUUGGAAGCGAAGAAACGCCAGAAGAAAAAGCCUUCAGGAUGGCGAAAGCUGCGAAAUAUUGUCCAAUGGACGCCGUUCUUCCAGACCUACAAGAAGCAACGGUAUCCGUGGGUUCAACUCGCCGGUCACCAGGGAAACUUCAAGGCUGGUCCCGAUCAGGGCACGGUACUGAAGAAGCUGUGCCCCAAGGAGGAGAAAUGCUUCAAGGUCCUCAUGAAGGAUGUCCUCCGACCGUACGUUCCCGAAUACAAGGGUCAAGUCAACAGUGACGACGGUGAAUCCACCUACAUUCAGCUACAGGAUCUGCUCAGUGACUUCUACCAGCCGUGCGUGAUGGACUGCAAAAUUGGCGUGCGAACCUAUCUGGAGGAGGAGCUUUCGAAAGCCAAAGAGAAGCCGAAGCUGCGAAAGGACAUGUACGAAAAAAUGAUCCAAAUCGAUCAGAACGCACCGACUGAGGAGGAACACCGCGCCAAAGGUGUUACGAAGCCCCGUUACAUGGUGUGGCGUGAAACGAUCUCCAGCACAUCGACGCUUGGCUUUCGGAUAGAGGGCAUCAAAAAGAGUGACGGAACGAGCUCGAAAGACUUCAAGACGACAAAAAGCCGGGAGCAGAUCUGCGAAGCAUUUCGGGAGUUCACCGAAGGAUUCCCGCAUGCAUUGCCAAAAUACAUCCAACGGUUGCAGGCGAUCCGGGCCACGCUCGGUUUCUCGGAGUUCUUCAAACGACACGAGGUGAUCGGUUCCUCGCUGCUGUUCGUGCACGAUCGGCACAACGCGAGCGUGUGGUUGAUCGACUUCGCCAAAACGGUGGCCCUGCCGGAGGAUAUCUGCACCACCCACGACAGCAAGUGGAAAGUGGGCAACCACGAGGAUGGGUACCUCAUCGGAAUUAACAACCUGAUCGAUAUUUUCUCCGAGGUCAGCGAAGCCCAGAAACAGGCUCUGACCGAGCGAAUACCACGACUGUCGCUACCCGAUUCGGAUGACACAAGCAAUAAUAACGAGGGGGAGAAAGUGAAGAUCGGAGAUCAAAUGCAGUCGUCGCCGCAGCCAUCUCUGGUGGCUGAACUGAAUUCCCUGGCGCUGAGUUCGGCGGACGUUGGUGGCGUUGAUGCGGCCACUGGCUGUCUAAAUAACAAUAACUGUGACUGCAAGGAAGACAAUUUAGCUGUAUCGAAAUCGAUCACAACAGACAGCUGUGAUCGCAAUGGUUGAGUGGAGUCACUGUAUCUUAAUCGGGAGUGCAAAGCUCGCAUCUAGAAGAGUCUGAACUAGGACUAAAACUGAGCUGUCGAUUUCAGAGUCUGGGCAGUGCACGUAAGCUAUUGCUUGCGGGUGGGCGAUCGAGAGAUAGACCGUGAACUUCGCAGCUCUUUUUGGGAAUUUCGAAUCUCAGCGCGAUUUUACUUUAGUUUUAGCUUUUUUUGCGCGCUCAGAAGAUUUGAGUUAGACAAAAUUGCAAGUUAUUUAUACAAACAUUUAUACAAUCGAUUGUAUUACUUUACGAUAGUCAAAACUUUUUUAGUGUUAUACGAGAUCGGUAAGAAAGACGCUUUACAUUUAUGUGUGUUAGAGGGACAAUUUCCGAGCACCUUUUUUCCAAAGUUGGAUGGGAAACGCGUUCGAUGAAUGAUAAUGGGAAUGUGUUUACAAAAGAGAGACAAAAUAUUCCAUCUAACUAUUCCACAUGUGGCGUAUAGAAGAAAUGUAGAUGCUAUAAGAUACGAUCAAUUUUAUGAAUAAAUUAUUCGCCGCCGUUGUGUGAGCUA